AUGAAACAUUGUCAAUAUUUUGAUACAUCAUAUGUCUGUGAUUGGCUGGAUGAAGUGGCCAAGACUCACUUUGAGGUCAUUGUGUCCUGUUUACUGCCACACCCAGUCGAGUAUGCUAGGGUCGGGGGAUUCUGGGACACAUUGUGUUCCAGAACAGUGCAGAUCAAAGAAGGCCUCAAUUGUUUCUUUUGUUUGGUGCCCUACGAUGUCAUUACUUUUGAGAUAUGGGACUAUGUGAUGCCAUACUGGUUAGAGGCAAUCCGAACUGAAGUACCAUCAGAAGAUUUGCAUCACCUCAAAGUUUUGUUGAAUAAGUCCUUUGACAUGGACUUGUGCCCUUUGCCCUUUGGAACAGACUCUGACAAGAUGUACCAUUUUAUAUCUGAGAGGUUUGAUGACAGCAGUGCUUAUGUACAGGAACAAGCUUUACAAUGGCUACAGAUCCUUUCCACACUGGACAUCUACUUGCCAAUCCACAUGCUGCUGAGUAUGUUCAUAUCUGGAGUACAGAACAUGACAGAGCUCCUAAAACAACAAAGUACAGCUGAACCUGAAUCCCCCACUAAGGAAUCUAAGCCUUCCCAGCCCCGAUCCUUCCCCCAGAAUUCUCCAGAGGAAGAGUGUCCUCCACCCCUCAGUCCAGCUAAAUCUCAUGUGGUGGUGGAAGCCUUUGAAAUUUACGACCGGGAGACUGAACUUGUGCUGCCUUGUUACAUUAUGAUGCUGGAUUUGAUUUUGAAACAGCUGGAGCUACAAAACUUCCCUAAGUACCUUGGACUGUACAAUGAGACUAGCCGUCAGAUUAUGCAGUUACUGACCCUAAUGCUUGGUACCCGCUGGGAUGGCACCCACAUCUGUAGUGAUGAACAGCAGGCUAACAGUUGUAUGUUCUGUCAGAACACAGCUCUGUGGCACCAGGUCACUUCUCAGGUGAUGCAGAACUUCUGUCCUCUGAGCCAAGUGAAGAUUCCAACCAAGGAGAUUCCACGAGUGGACGAGUCCAAACGAUUAUCCACUACUCCAACAUGCAUGUCAAGGAAAAGUUCGGUGACUUCCAAUGAUGAUGUUGAGAGUACAGCGGGGGAGAAGGAAGAGGAAUGUCCAGGAUUUGAUAUGACUUCUAUGCCUCUACACUUGCAGCUCCACCAUGCCUUCCUACAGGAACUUGAAAAUACAAAAGAUACUGAUGCUGGGUUUGCUUUGUUGACAUCUAUGAAAUACUUGAUUCUAAAUGGAGAGUGCUUGAAUUACACUGUGACACAGUUCCCAGAAUAUGUCAAAUUCUCACUCAGCAAGUACUUAAUUCCUAAGUAAGUCCUAUCUGUACUCAAACUUAUAUGUUCAUG